AUGAAGCCUCCAGACCCAUGUGUUAUGAAGCCACUAGAGCCACAUGUUAAGAAGCCUCCGGACACACGUGUUAUGAAGCCUCCAGACCCAUGUGUUAUGAAGCCUCCAGACCCAUGUGUUAUGAAGCCUCCAGACACACGUGUUAUGAAGCCUCCAGACACACGUGUUAUGAAGCCUCCAGACCCAUGUAUUAUGAAGCCUCCAGACACACGUGUUAUGAAGCCUCCAGACACACGUGUUAUGAAGCCUCCAGACCCAUGUGUUAUGAAGUCUCCAGACCCAUGUGUUAUGAAGCCUCCAGACCCAUGUGUUAUGAAGCCUCCAGACCCAUGUGUUAUGAAGCCUCCAGACCCAUGUGUUAUGAAGCCUCCAGACCCACCUGUUAUGAAGCCUCCAGACCCACCUGUUAUGAAGAAUCCAGACCCCACGUGUUAUGAAGCCUCCAGACCCAUGUGUUAUGAAGCCACUAGAGCCACAUGUUAA